CCGACCUCGUUCUCUCUCUUUGUGCGGGAAAGAGAAGGGCUCUAUAGACCUGGUGGAUUUAUCGUUCUCCCGAGGUGGUCAGGAGACAAUACGGCCGGGAGAAGACAUUAAAGUCUCAACCGACUGUCUCUGUUCACUUGGACGACAAAGAAGAAGAGAUUCAAGAACAGAAACGGACAGUUGUAGGGACUUUAGGCGGCCAUCACACGUCCUGCUCUGACUUUUAUCAGUACCUCUAGCUCUCUUCUAGUCGGUUACUGAUACUGUCUAGUCGUGUGUGUGUGUACGGCGCCCCGUCCUACUGGAGAAGAACAUUGUAGUCCUAAAAGCGAUUUUAGGACUGCGUUUGAGUGGACUGGACAUUACGUCGCGAUGUCGACAACAGCAAGCGCUCAAGCACCAGCCGCCACGGCUGCCAUUGACCCACACAGUGUCCUGGAACAGUUGGACCCUCUCCUGGGGCAGACCGGGUGCAUCAGGAGCUCCAAAGAAGUUGGGAAGAUUGUCAGCCUGAUGAAGACAGCUCAGUUGUUGGUGGUCCGGAUUGUCCUUCUCAACAUCAUCAAGGCCACCAGAGCUCCAUCCACACUUGACAGGUUCAUGGAUGGUGGAUGGCCAGUACUGAAUGCGUGGCUGGCAGAGGCCAAGAAAAAACAGGACUUUGCUGUACUUGUCGGGGUUUUACAG